UUUUACCUAGCUAAAUUUGUAGCGAAGCCCUACUGAAAUUGUGAGAGCACUUCGUCUUCCAAGCUGACGGUUGCAAAGAUCGUGAUAUUUGGUAGCAUUUGCUCAAGUGUUAGACUUCGUCGCAGAAAACCAGUGAAGACUGAUAGCAGAGAUGUCGUCUGAAGAAACACUAAGUGUUGGAGGGGGAGAAGUGGCGAGGGAUGUGACUUUGAGCUCGAUCUCUACUUCGAGCUCGAGCUCGAAAUCGAGUGGGGGAAGCGGGGGUAGGACCUCUGUAAGUGGGGGAGAUGGGGGCCAAGGGGGUAGGACCUCUGUAAGUGGGGGGGAUGGGGGCCAAGAAGGUAGCCUUGUCCCAACCAAUAUUUUAGAGGUUGGGAACAACCGUGGGAAGUGUUAUGAUGAGAGGGACGAGGUAGUGGGGGAGGUGGUAGGGUAUGAAUCAUGCUGUAGGUGCAGGGGGGAGCUGGCACACUUAGUGGAGAACUACAAUAUCCCACCCUAUGUGCUGGUAAGGCCAGCAGGGGGUGAGGAGCGAGCGUGCUCGGCUCCAAAAGACCAUUGGAUGCCAGUAUACACGCACUACUUGGCAGCUGGACUCCGGUUCCCAAUUCCAGAGUUGCUGGUAGCGCUGCUGAAGGAAUAUGGGUUGGGGUUAACGCAGCUUGUCUUUAAUGGAGUUCGGUUGGUAGUGGGAUUUUUAGUGUACUGCCAGCUUCGGGUGGUGCGGAUUCCCACUGUAGAUUUAUUUAAGUAUUUUUUUAUAAUCAAGGGGGGUAGUGGGAGGGAGAAGGGAUGGUUUUACUUCACACCUCGGGUAGUUGGAGGUAGGAGUAGGAGUCUGUUCACUGCAGGUCCUACCUCCAUUAAGGGGUGGAAGGAAAAAUUUUUCUUUGUAGAUGAUACGGAGUGGGUGAGGGGGGAUGGGGAGGUAGAGGAGCUCAGUAGGUGGAAGGGGAAGAAGAGAAAUCCAAACCAGUACCGGCUGGAGGAGGUGGAGAAGGACGAGGUGAAGAGGUUGGAGAGGGGUGGGGGGGAGCUGACAAACAUAAUGUACCUCACCAGUCCAGAGGUGGUGGAGUCAUCUGGAAUUUAUGGGAGGAGCUCGUUGAGCAGAGAAGAAAUGAAUCGCCUGAGAUCUGGGAGCAGACCCGUGCGGUUACCAGAGAAGAGGCCAAGGGCGCCAACAUCGGGUGCUCAAGAAGAGCGAGUUGGGUCUUCAAGGCCUUACCUCGGUAGUGGGUCUGUAGCUGAAGUGGGGCCCAGCUCUGAGCCCAGGAGGGGCGCGACUAAGGAGAUUGUCACCCGGAAGAGGUCGAGGGUGGAGGAGGUGCAGCCUCUGCAGAUUGAGGCCCCAGUCAAGUUCCUACCUCAGCCGCCCCCAGUUCAGAUCGAUCCAUCACUCCGGGAAACUGAAGUGGUGGUGCCUGGGAGGGGGAAGAGCUCCAUCCCUUAUCCCAGGCAAGUGGCCAGUUUCUACGAGUCAAGGAAAACGGCUGCGAAGCGGUUCAUUAGCUUCCAUUUCCCUGAGGUGGAUUUGCAGAGGGCGAAGGACGAGUUGGCCACAAAUGGGGGAUCAGGGGUAGUUCGGCAGGCCCUGGAGACUGUGAACUUAGUGAAUGCAAUGGCAGUUGAGUUCUUCGACUACCUCCAAGAGCGGAUUGCCUUGGUGAAGAAGAAUGAAGAGCUCAGUCGCCAAAAAAAGGAGGCUGAAAAGAACUUCGGUGAACUGACCUCGGAGCUGGAGAGGGUCAAGGAGGAGUUGGCCAACUCCAAGAGGGUUGCCGAGCUAGAGGAGCAAAAGAGGAAGAAGUGCGAGGAGGCACUUGAAAGAAGAGAGAUUGAGCUAGCCGAGGUGAAAAAGUCAGCCGAGCUGUCAGUCCACAAUUCUGUGGAUAAGCAUGUGUCAGACUUCGUCAAGUCUGACACGUUCAUCGAGGUGGUGGACCUCUAUCGCUUGCCAACGCUAGUGAUGGCCUUCGCGAAUUGCCGUAAGAAGGUGAAGGCCCAGAAUCCAGAAGUGGACGUGACGAGCAUCACGUUUGGACCUGAGGAGGCAGGGGUAGAGGAAAAUGGGGAUAGUAAGACAGUAGAGUUCCGUCCCGAAGUUAAAUUGACUUGGGAACGGGACGAGGCUGGAAAGACUGUCCUCCCACCGACGUUGGACUUCGAGUUCGUUGCUGUGGACGAAUAGGAGGCCGAGGUGGCACCGAGAACGAAGGUGGCAGACAACAUCCGAAAUGAAGAAGUGGACCAACAGCUCCAGAUCAUUGAUUGAGCUCGGCCAGCUCACCUUUUGUAAUUUUGAUAGUUUUUAGCAUAUGUAAAGAACAAUUUCUAUUUCAAUUGGAAUGAAUGAAUUGAAAUUUU